AGGAGAAGGAGAGAGAAACAUCCGGGUAUUGUUCCGCCGCAGGAGAAACCGAUGAGAGAAGGAGCCGUUCGCGUUCCGCCACUAACUACAGGGAUACAGCGAACUCCUUUAUUUAUACGUUAACAUGGCGGCAAAUGACGCCAAAUUCCACGAGUCUGUGUCGGGAAAAUCGCACACGGAUGAAGAUCGUCAGCGGAGCUCGAAGCACUGCUCCCGAUCCAGAUCACGAUCCGCGGAGCGAAAGCGCAAGUCAGGAGAGAAGAGGCACAGACGAAGCCACAGCAGAAGCAAAGAGGCACGGAAGAAGGACUCUGAGAAAGCUCUGAAAUGUCAGAGCGGAUCAGAGGAGCAGCUGGAGAUGUCAGAUAAAGGUCGCGACCGGCUGUCUGAAGACGCGGAGGAGCGGCAUCGCCGAAAAGACAAGAAGUCCUCCAGACCGAGAAGCCUAUCGAGAUCACGCUCGAGAGAAAAACGACAUCAUAAUCGAAACUGGGACAAAAAGAGAUCUCGAUCGCGCAGCGGCGAAAGGAGGUCGAGGAGUCGUGACAAGAAGAGGCGGGCCAGGUCUCGAUCAAACUCCAGAGGCAAACACAGACAUCGCAGCAGGAGCCGCAGCAAGAGCAGGGAGAAGAAGAAGAGGUCAGAGAAAGCACGGAGGAAAAGCCGCAGUCGGUCGGUGAGUCCUGUGACCUUCAGAGGCAGAAACACGGCCAUGGAUGCUCAGGAGGCACUGGCCAGAAGGCUGGAGAGAGCGAAGAAGCUUCAAGAACAGAAAGAAAAAGAGUUGUUGGAAAAACGGCAACAACAAGAGAGAGCAGCAGCAUCUCCACUGUUGUGCGAUACGGCCAGCGCAGCACCCAGUCCAGGCCUGAACGUGGCAGCGCUGCUCGCCUCCGGCACGCAGGUCACUCCUCAGAUCGCGAUGGCCGCUCAGAUGGCAGCGCUUCAGGCCAAAACACUGGCAGAGACGGGCAUUGCUGUGCCAAGCUACUACAAUCCCUCAGCGGUGAACCCCAUGAAGUUUGCAGAGCAGGAGAAGAAGAGGAAAAUGUUGUGGCAGGGGAAAAAGAAGGGGUGAGGACAAUCACAAACAGCUGAGCUUUGGGAGAAGCUGAAUUUUGGCAAUAAAGACCAAAAUGUGAAAUUUCGUAAACUUAUGGGCAUCAAAGGUGAAGAAGAAGGAUGUUCAUCAGGAGCUGCUAAUGAAGAAGGUCUGAAAACCUUGCAGCAGCAGGAAGAGAUGUUCCGCAAUCUGGACGUCCAGUAUGAGAUGGCCCGUUCACAGACGCACACGCAGAGGGGAAUGGGCCUGGGCUUCUCCUCCUCGUUUUCCUCAAGGGGCAUGGAUGCCGUCUGAACAUUCUGUGUUUGUGCUUCUCAUUUCUGUAAAUUCUAGCCGACGUGGGCGCUGUAAAGCUGAUUUGUACGUGCUUGUAGAGGAUGCUGCUGCAUUAGCUUGCAUGUAUGACUCAUCAGACCGGUCAUUUUAUUCAUUUUGGAAAUUCACUUGUAAAUACAGUUGAUUGCUCAAACAUGUAUCGUUGCUUGGUCUCUGAAAAUUGUGUUUAAUAUUGUAAAGCUUUCGUUUGGGUUUUGGGAGGGAAGUGUGAUUGUAUAUUUCACUGUGUUUGUAUUGAAACUGUCCAAAGCGAGCGAUUCCUGAUAUAUCAGUGACCGUGGGGUUCCAUCCAGGCGGGUAUGAUAUACUGUGAAUGCUUUAUGCUUUUAAUAAAAUGGUUACUACGUAAA